UGGCCAUCCGAUCGGACUAGCAACAAAAAAUGAUUCCAAAGGAGUUUGCCUUUGGGCUGCUUCUGCUGUUCUUGAUGAUUUAUCACGUCCAGUUGGCACAGGCAGUCGAUGCUUGCGGCACUGGCGGCGUGUGCGAUUGCUCGGGAACGACCGUCAUUUGCAAUACUGAAUCUCUCACAACCAUUCCAAGCGGAAUCCCAAGCAACACAACGCACCUGUCCCUGCAAAGCAACCAGAUCACCAGCAUUUCUGUCAACGCAUUCACAGGCCUGACUGCGCUGAUUUGGCUGUAUCUGACCGACAACCAGAUCACCAGCAUCUCUGCAAACGCAUUCACAGGCCUAUCUGCACUGACUUACUUAGUACUCAAAGAAAACGAAAUAUCCAGCAUUUCGGCAAAUGCAUUCACAGGCCUGUCUGCGCUGAAGGAAGUGGAUCUAUCCAACAAUCGAAUCAUCGACCUUCCGACCGCUGCAUUCGCAGGCCUUCCUCAGAUGUCUACCUUGCGUCUAUCACGCAACCAAUUCAACAGCAUUCCCUCCACCGCAAUCACCACAGGCCUAACUGCGCUGAAGGAAUUAUACUUGGACGCUAACAACAUCUCCAGCAUCUCCACAGCCGCAUUCACAGGCUUCCCUGCACUGACUUAUUUAUAUUUGGCCGACAACCCGAUCACCGACAUUCCCGCAAACACAUUCGCAGAUUUGACUGAGCUGAGGCACUUAUAUCUGCGCAACAACCAGAUCUCCAGUGUGUCCGCAACCGCGUUCGCAGGGCUCUCUGCGCUGAACUAUUUGGAUCUAUCCAUGAACAAGAUCAGCAGCCUUUCCGCCUCUGUAUUCACAGGAUUGACUGCGCUGUCUAUCUUAUAUUUGCAAAGCAACCAGCUGAGCAGCAUCCCCGCGUCGUCAUUCACAGAUCUGGCUGCGCUACAGCAUUUGUACCUUUCCAGCAACCAGUUCACCAACCUUCCAGCCGCUGCAUUCACCGGCCUGGAUGCGCUGAUCGUCUUAUGGCUGUCCGGUAACCCACUCACCAGUGUUCCCACUUCUGCACUCACAAGCUUGUCUGCGCUGAGGAACUUGGAUCUAUCCUCCACCAAGAUAACCAGCAUUUCGGCGAACGCAUUUGCGGGUCUGAAUGCGCUGACUGUCUUGGCUCUGCACUACAAUCCAAUCGCCAGUAUUUCUGGCUCUGCAUUCACAGGCCUGACUGCGCUGACUGCCUUGCAUUUGAGUAACACUCCAUUAACCACUUUGCCGCCUGGUCUGUUUCAAGGCUUGCCCAAUGGUUUGCGCUUGUCGACCAUAUCUCCAGUGCUGAGCCCCAACAACUUUACCUUUGGUGGGAAUACUAUCGCUCCGCCCAGCACAUACGGCAGUGCAUCCGAACCAUACCAAUGUGAUACCGUCUGUGCUACUUGCUAUGCUGUUGGGAACGGGUCGUGCUGCCCGAUCGAUUGUCUGCUCUGCACAUCAUCCGCUGCGUGCACUCAGUGCUAUGACGGAUAUGGCGUGUUGAGUGGAUCAUGCGUUCCGCUUGCUUCCAUCGCUUCUAUCUCAGUCGCUUCCGUCGCGUCUGCCUCAAUCGCUUCAGUCGCUUCUGCGGCAGUCGCGUCCGUCUCUUCAGCUUCAGUCGCAUCCGGUGCGACUGCCUCGACCGCCUCUGCCUCGAUUGCUUCUCGUCUUUCCGCCACCUCUGCCAUGUCGGCAUCCUUUGCUUCCCUCGCUACUGCGUCAAUUGCAUCACAAGCGUCUGCAUCUGUUGCGUCCGAUGUUUCCGCAACCUCUGCAUCCUUUGCUUCCGUCGCCACGGCAUCCUCGGCUUCAAUUGCUUCUGUGUCUUCAGCGUCACUUGCCUCCGAGGUCUCCGCAUCGCUUGCUUCCCUCGUUGCUGCGUCUUCAGCUUCAAUUGCCUCUGAGGUGUCCGCGUCGUUUGCUUCUGAUGCUUCCGCCAUCUCGGCAUCUGAUGCUUCCGUCGCGACGGCAUCUUCAGCUUCUAUUGCAACCGCGGCGAGCGCGUCAUCCGCAUCUGUCGCGUCAGUUGCAAGCGCGUCAUCCGCCUCUGUCGCUUCUGAAGUUUCCGCGACCUCGGCAUCCUUUGCUUCCAUCGCUGCAGAGUCGUCAGCCUCGGUUGCAUCCCAGGCAUCCGCAUCAGCAGCCAGUGCUUCGUCUGCGUGGCAGACAUCUGCUGCAUCUGCUGCGUCCAAUGCUCCGAAAGGCUCAAGUGACUCAGAGUCAUGGCCGAUCAUUCUCGGAGUGAUUCUUGGCCUGUUAGCUCUUAUCUUGUUGGCUGCGCUGGCUGUGGCUCUUCGGCGUCGUCGCGCACCAAAAUCAUUGCCAGUCAUCAGCACAGCCACCAAACCACGCGAAUCUGUAUCCGCCUCAGAACCGACUUACCAGUCUGCUGAUUACCGCGGCACUGUGUCCAACGUUGUGAAUCCAACCUAUGAAGCUUUGUCUGCCGCUGGCAACCAUGCCUUGUACGAGAAUGUUGGCUCGACGCCCCAGGCUCCUCCAGUCGGUUUGUCGGAACAGGUGUAUGCCGAAGCAUCUGCGGUUGCGCCCAGUUCAAUGCAAGCGUCAGGCAGCGGUGUCGAGUAUGCGGAUCCUUUGCUGCCUAACGCAUCGUCUGUUCGUGUGCAGCCCGCUUCCACACCAACCACGUACUCGGCGAUCACUGUUGUGCCAUCCGAGCAGACGUACGAAACGGCGUCUGCUACUCCCGCUCAAGCCUUGUACGAGGAUGUCGGCUCAAAGCCCCCAGCUUCCCCAGGCGCGUCGGAACUGCUCUAUACCGAAGCGUCCACGACUGGAUCCGGUGUCGAGUACGCCGAUCCUUCGCUGCCCAAUCCCUCGUCGGUUCGUCCGCCGCCAGAGUCAGCAGCAACCCCUUACGCGACAGUCGCAGUUGUACCUUCGACGCAGACCGAGAAUAGCGACUACGCGUCGAUCGCAAACUAGCAAACUGGCGCUGAUGAUUGGAACAGAGUUCGGAAGCCUUC